CCUGGACCACAGUCUCUGAGCAGGUCUACAGCAACCCCAAGGUAACACUGCUGAUGAACAGCAGAGUGGGUCAGUACCUGAGUGGACGGCCGGUGUUGGCUCUGGCCGUCUUCUUCUUCUGUGUCAUGGCUGCAGUCCCAGUAGGACUCUUCCUCGUGUUCGCUGUGACCACCGCCAUCAUGUCAGCGGUCAGCUUGGUGUUUUUGGAGGGGUUCCUGCUGAGCGUGGCGGCCAUCACUCUGCUCUGCGUCCUCUCCGGCCUGGCCUUCUUCUCCGUGAUGGUGGCAGCCAUCUUUGCAGCCUUUUACGUCACCGUCUCCAGCCUGCUCAACUUCUACCACACCUCACAGCUGACCAAGCAGGACAAGGAGGAGGAGGAGGAGGAGGAGGAGGACAUGUUGACGAAGGACCACAUGAAAUAAUUCAAGUGGGGUAAAAAACCUGCUGAUGUCCAACACUGUUUUCACAUUAUUUAAUAUCAGAAUAUGAUGACAUAUUUUUUUAUAAAAUAAGGACUCUACUGUAUGUAUUUAUUGUUACAACAAUUGAACAGAAUAUGAAAUGAGGUCAUGUCAAAUGCAACAUAAAAACUGUUACAAAUGGGAUUUUUGCAACUUUGUGAAGAUUGUAAUAAAAUAUUGAUUUGUACUGUCGGAUUUGAAGAUAAAGUUGACACAUUUUACAAUCUUGUUUUUACUAUUUCAUUUAAAUGUAUAAUAAACAUUUGAAUGUUAAUAAAAGAACACUACAACUUUU